UGAAUGUACAUGACUCCAUAUCCAAAUACUUUGGGCAUUGAAGUAGCUAGCUAAAGGUAAAAAUGGAGGAUACAAGUUCAAGUACUGCAACAAGUUUAGAUACGGCGAAACCUAGUCUGAUGUCUGAUCCGGCUCAACAGAUCACAUUAGUGCAGCCAACGCCUCGUCUGCCUACUAGAUUGGCUAGUUUGUACAAACCAAGUUCAAAGACGGAACCAAGUCAAGUAGCUAUACCAAGUUCAAAUGGUUCGGCUCAGCAGACAGUAAUGCAGCCACGACAUCGGGCCUUAGAUACAAUUAAUAGUCGAAAAAUGGAGGCUGAAGGCCACCAUUCUAUUGAAAUGCCUCCACAGGCUCCGUCAACAUUACCGUUAGCGCCCCCGCUGCCCCCAAAAAAGUUGCAAUCGAAAAAGCCUUCUCCGUUCUACGAUGGACAAAGACAAAAGUACAACGAAAUAUGUGUUCCUCUGAACAAUGCUGCCCUCAAAGGUGACUGGCCUGCUGCGGAAAAAAUUAUAAGACAAUUUCCAGAGGUGGUAAGGAGUAGCAUUACACAGAAUGAAGAAACUGUUCUUCACAUUGUAUCAUCAACAAAACACAUUCACUUUGCGGAAAUGCUGGUGAACGAGAUGAAUGAUGAGGACUUGGAGCUUCAGAAUGGAGACGGGUCGACAGCUCUCUGCUUGGCAGUAGCUUCAACUGUCGAAAUGGUUGACGUUCUGCUAAGAAGAAAUAAGGGGCUUCUAAAGAUACGUAAAAAGGGUGACUUACCAUUCUUGUGUGCAGUUUAUUCAGGAGACAGAAACAUGGUGGAACAUAUCUAUUCCAAGACUGAUCUGGUAGAUCUCAAGUGGAACUAUUCAGAUAAAACUCGUAUACUGGAUUCUUGCCUUGCUUUUGGCUUGCUUGAUAUUGCUUUGAAGAUAUUAAUCGAUACAAGAGAGAAGGGAAUCCUAACUAUAGAAACACUUGUACUGAGGUAUUUGGCUUCUAAUGCUUCUGCAUUUCAAGGACAAACGGCUCUUCGAAGACUGAUAAACACAAUUUCAGUACUAAUCCCUGGACAAAGGCUACCCUUUGCUCACCACAAAGCAAUUGAAAUAGUCAGGAUAAUAUGGAAAGAAAUUGUUCAGCAGAAGCACGAGGACAUACUAAAACAAAUUGCUGGUGAUCCUAGUAUAAAAAAAGUUGAAGGGCUUCUAUUUACAGCUGCUAGAUUGGGAAAUCAUAAAUUCAUAAUUGAGCUCCUCCGCUUGUGUCCAGACAUUACAUGGGAAAUAGACGAGAAUAAGCACACCAUAUUUCAUGUUGCAGUUAUUCAUCGUCAAGAGAAUGUGUACAAUCUACUCUAUGAACUUGGCUCCAAGAAGUUGGGGGUAGUUGACAAAGAUGGAAAUAACAUUCUACACUUAGCUGCCAUAUUGCCAAAGCAAAAUCGACUUAAUAUUGUGUCCGGAGCAGCUUUUCAAAUGCAAAGAGAGCUGAUAUGGUUUCAGGAAGUAAAUACAAUGGUGAGUUCAGUUGAUAGAACAAAGAAGAACAACGCAGGGAAAAGCCCCCAGGAAUUAUUCACUGAUGAGCACAUUAAGUUAAUGGAGAAAGGAGAAAACUGGAUGAAGCAAACAGCAGCUCACAGCAUGGUGGUCGCAGCCCUUAUAGCCACAAUUAUGUUUGCUGUAGCCUUCACUUUGCCUGGUGGCAACAACCAAAACAAUGGGCUACCAAUUUACCUGGGUAAAAGAGCUUUUGCGGUGUUUGUUAUAACAGACGCAAUAUCAUUAUGCACCUCUUCAGCUUCCAUACUCGUGUUCUUGGCCAUUCUCACUGCGCGUUAUACAGAAAAAGAUUUCCUGGUAUCCUUACCUGUGAAAUUGAUGAUUGGAGUCUCAACACUUUUCAUCUCAAUUAUGACAAUGAUGAUUGCUUUCAGCGCGAGCUUCUUCCUCCUCUACGAAGAAAGUAUGAAAUGGGCACCUAUACUAGUCACUGCAUUAGCUAGUUUGCCUGUUUUUCUAUUUGCUUGCCUGCAAUUUCGCCUACUUUUGGACAUGAUUCAGUCAACAUUCAGUUCCCGGUAUCUUCUAAAGAAUCGGAAACAUAUGCUCUAUUAGCAAAUUCCACAUCAAUUGCGUAGCUGAAUUAAGCAUGUAAUAUUUGUUGUAUAUCCACUCGGAAUGUACUUGUACUGUCUGUUUUCUGAAUAUGUUGAAAUAUAACAUAAGAUUCAUUUAAGACAUUUCUUUAACGUCUUAAAGUUUUAGAUGGAGUAGUUCACAACGUGGUAUCGGAACUAUGGUUUGUCAGAGGUCUCAAGUUGUCUUGUAUCUGUUUAAAUGUGAGAGAAGUUGGUCAAUUUGUUUGGCAC